UCUGCGGAAGCAGUGUAAGCAGUUCCUCCGGUGCAUCUGAAGGGCAUUAGGGGAAACAGUCCAUGUGAGAGCCUCACGGAGGGAGUAAAGCCGGAUACAGGGCAGUUUUAGCGAAUUAGGGUUUAUUAAUAAACACAGAAAUAUGGACAGCUUCGGUUCAGAUUACUCCUCCGCGGCGGGGUCCGGGAAAAUGGACACGGGCACUAUAAUGGAGCAGGUGAAGGUGCAGAUAGCGGUGGCGAACGCUCAGGAGCUCCUGCAGAGAAUGACAGAUAAGUGCUUCAAGAAGUGCAUUGGCAAGCCUGGAAGCACACUGGACAAUUCAGAACAGAAAUGCAUCGCCAUGUGCAUGGACCGGUAUAUGGAUGCAUGGAACACAGUCUCUCGCGCCUAUAACUCUAGACUUCAGAGGGAAAGGGCGCGAAUGUAAUGCAGAAUCCAUCCAGUUGGACCUCAGUGUUAACCUGAAUCCCUGGGUAUAGAGGCUUGGGGUACCAGUGGAUCAGCCCCGCCCCUGUAACACCCAGAACUGGAGAACCAUCCAAGGAAUCGGGAGAUUCUGACUUUUAGACCCAAGUUAUUUCCUUUUUCCCCCCCUUAGGCAUGUUGAAUGUGGGUGGACAGUUACACUCAUGGAAGGUAUUUGAUUAUUAUAUUGCUGUACAGAGGCAGAAUAAUCAUUUCAGGUUUGGUUAAAAUUGAGUUAGUAUUAAGUCAGAUGUUUGAGGAUCAGGUUCAUCUUGUGACACCUCUGCUACGUCAGAACUAUAUUUGUCUCAGUUAAACUGUUGUCACAGUUACUGCCUUUUGGUUCAGUAAGGCAGUGUAUUGUCCUAGCCAUGUCUGCACUGAAGAGUGUUGUGUAGCAGCUGUUUCCAACUGUUGGACAAGCUUUAUAGAACAUUGAACAGAUAGAACAAAUUGCAUUCAGUCUAUCCUGAUUUCAUUAAAAUGUAAUAUGUUUUAUUUUUUAAAUGCACAUGACCUGUCUUCUUACAACUUGGCAAUGAAGCAUUUUAUGGUGCUCUGGAAAGCUUGGCCAGUCUGGAAACAGCUGCUAUGAAACAGUAAAGCACCUGAUUUAACAUGAAAAAGAGUAGGAGUAAAUGUUAAAUAAACAAAUAUGUCUAAAUAUUCA